AUGCGGCUGCCAUGCGCGGGGCGGGCGGAGGCGGGCCUGUACCUGCAGCUGGUCAGCGGCCUGUGCGCCGCAGGCAUGGGCCUGGCCGCCAAGCUGGCCGGAGGGCAGGGCCUCCCUGUCAUGGAGAUCGUCCUGGCCAGGUCCAUAGUGGUCCUGCUGCUGUCGGGCAGCUUGCUGCUGUGGCAGGGCAGGCGCGCGGCGGGGCAGGCGGCAGAGUGGCCCUGGCGCAGCUCGCGGAGGUGGCUGCUGCUGGUGCGGGGGCUGGUGGGGUUUGGCGCCAUCACCUGCUACUACUCCGCGGUGCAGCUGCUGCCGCUGGCGGACGCCGCCGUCUUCGCCUUCCUGGCCCCGCUGUUCGUGGCGCUGCUGUCGCCGCUGGUGCUGGGCGAGAGCAGCGGCGGGGUGGUGAUGGCGGCGGCGGCGCCGCUGUGCGCGGCGGGCGUGCUGCUCGUGGCGCAGCCCACCUUCCUGUUUGGCGGCGGCUCCCGGGCGCUCAGCAUGGCAGGGGCGGUCUUCAUGGCCUCAGCCAAGUUCUGUGUGCGCAUCCUGGGCAGGUCGGAGCCUGUUUCCAGCAUCAUGUUCAGCAUGGCCGCGCUGUCGGUGGCUGGCAGCGCCGCGCUGGCCUGCCUGGUGCCCGGCCAGGCGCUGGUGGCGCCGCGCUCGGCGGCCGCCUGGGGCGCGCUGGCGGCGGCGGGGCUGCUGGCCUGUUGCGUGCAGACCACCGCCACCUGGGCCCUGAAGCUCAGCAAGGCCACACCCACGACGAUGAUGAGCUUCCUGGGAGUGAUCUGGGGUUUACUGGGGGACUUGCUGGUCUACAACCACCCUCCCUCGGGCCUGGGCCUGCUGGGCGCCGCCCUGGUGUGCAGCAGCAGCCUCGUCGUCAUCCUGGCAGAGAGGCGGCAGGGCCCUGGAGGCGGCGGCGACGGCGGAGGAGGGGACGGCAGCCUGCUGCCAGCCGGCAGCCCGCACCCCGGGCUCAAGGCAAAAGACAGCAGGCUGCGGCUGGAGGCGUCUGCGGGGUAUCUGCCGGUACCCAGGGACCAGGGGCAGCAGCUGCAGCUGGAGCUGGCAGAGGGCGGACGCCUCGGCGGCGGCGCCGCAGCGGGGGAGGUGGUGGUGGUGGAGGAGGAGGACGAGGACGAGGAUCGGGGCGGCGGGGAGCGGGUGCCGCUGGUGCCGCACACCCGACCCUCCUCCGUGUGA